AUGAGCACCUUAGAUACAGAGAUCGAGGAUCUCCGUCAGAGGAUUACUGCUCUUAAUUUACUCCUUGGCGAAUUACCAAGCAAGAAGAAUAAAAAACCAAUAGAAUUCAAGAAAUAUGACUCGCCCAAAUUACAGAAGGCUUAUGAACUUAAACAACCAGUUAAAGAACGUAGUAUACCAAGUGAAAAACUAACUCCUUCAAAUAAUCCAAAGCCAAAACCAAAAAUUGAAAAUUAUUCACCUUUGAACUCUCAAUUGACUCAAAAUGGCAGGGAAAGACCUACACCAAAGUCUGGUACAACGGAAGUCGGUCUCAGUUUUUCAAAUUCAUCACUAUAUUCGCCUUUCCAAAGAAAAGAAAAUAACGUUAACCCAACAGUUAAUUCUAACAAGCAGAAUAACAGAGAAUCAAUACAACUAGAUAGCGAUAGCGAUGAUAUGAUUUAUUUGAUCAAAAGUCCAAAUUUGAAAACAUCUUCAAAAAUACAAGAACCAAAGCAAACAAAGCGAUCGCUUUCGAAACAAUGGUACGAUUCAGACUCUGGUGAUGAGAUUGACAUCGAUAAAAUACGUAAAAAAGUCGAAGAAAGACGAAAUCAAAAACAAACGACAAAUACUCCAAAUCAGAAACAAAAUACUCAACCACAAAAAGCAGAACCCAAGAAAGAAGAACCUAAAAAACAGGUUCCUGUGCUUCAACCACUAAGAACUGAAGAAGAUAUCGAAAAAGAAUUUCAUUCACUAUUUCCAAAGUCACCAACCUCAAAAUCACGCGAUUUACAUAUAGAUGAUAACAUUGAUCAAGAAUCAGAUGAUUUUGAUCCAAUUUAUUACGAAAAUCCAGAAAAGAAUGAUUAUGAUUUUAUACACUCCGAAUCAGAUGUCAAAUACAGUUUAUUUAUUAAUCAGAGCAGCCAAUCUUUAAUAACUAUCUCUGAUGAAGAAGAAAAUCAAGAAUUACCAAGAUGUCCAACUCAAGAAAGCGAUGACGAGUUUGUAACAACAGUACUGAACAAGAUACAUGAUUUGGCUCAUCACGCUCUUGAAGAAGAGGAAGAGGAAGAAGAAAUUAAAUUUUUGGAACAACCACCAAAAGAGAUCGACCAAAUUGACGAUAAUGAAUUAAGUGGUGAAGAGAAAAUGAAGUCUGACCAAAUAAAAUCCGAUGAAAAUGAAAAAAUUGUUCUUGAUUCAGAAGAAGACGUAAAACAACCAAUGGAUUCGCAAGAAGAUGAUGUUAAGCAAAAUCUUAUGAAGAUUAAUGAUCAAAUUAAUGAUCUUCUUGAAGAAGAAGACGAUUUUGAUGAAGAACUUGGUCUAAAUGAUGUAAUAACUAUUAAAAGCAAGAAAGAAGAGCAUAAAUUAGAUCUUUCUGCUGAACUUUUACUAUAA